AUGGCUCUCAACUGGGUGACACGGCCACCAAGCGCGCUUCAGCUCGUUCCUGAAGAGCGCCUUGUCUCGCUUUAUGAGGCAAUUCAGCUCAACAUGCAGUCCUAUGGUUCAUGUGCUGGGAUACUAUGGCUCACAACACAACGUAUGGUCUUCGUGCAAGCGCAUCGCUGUUACGCUUGUGCUGGCACUCUUCAACGACAAAGGAGUCAUCAGAGUGCUGUCUCUGACCAGAGUGUCGGUGAAAGGUCCGACUCGCUGGGCGGGGACUGUGUGCCAUUGCCACUCAUGCAUCUGUCGAUACCACUCGACAAAGUCACAGAUCUUGAAACGGCAGCGCUUCCUUUUUUACAAAAGAUCUCUCGUCUAGCAACAUCUCAACGUAAACAGAAGACUGAGCUUGUGUCGAUGCGAUUACAGCCGACAUGUGGCAGUAGGUUGGAAGAUGCCGCGAGUGGCAAUCCGCUGCGAUGUCUCAUUCAACUAGAUUGCCAGGAGAAUGCAACUUCACAAGCAUUCUUUCAACAGCUUCGAUACGCAAUGGCUAGCAAUACUUUGCGCAUCCAGCUCGAUAAGCAACAAGCGCGUGCACUGCUUUACGCACAAACGCACCCGCGUUUGCCCACGCCAGAGGAAACAGCGGCUUCAGAUCCGGUGCCUGCUUACGAGCAAUUUCAUGCUCAUUUGCCUGUUUACGUCAACGCAUCUUGA